UUUGUCUUUUUCCUCUUACUUUCUCUCUUCGCAACUUUCGCUCACCCAAACGCUCUGUAAUAUUCAGAAUCAGAAGCACCCCACUUGCCAUUCUCAAUCAAGCUUGAAUCUUUUCAUCUCUGCGGUUCAAUCAAGCACAUCAAAGCAGCAAUGCCGAACUGGGAGCUCAAGAACUGUUGUGAUCACGACCAGAAAGUGUUCCUUGCUUGUGUUGCUGCUUUCACCGUUGUCAUCCUCGUGUUAUGGAGGACUGUUCUGCUCACGCCUUUUAAGCUCAUCACCGUGUUUCUGCAUGAAGCGAGUCAUGCAAUUGCUUGCUUGCUUACUUGUGGCAAGGUGGAGGGAAUCCAGGUUCAUGCAAACGAGGGUGGUUCGACGCAGACCCGUGGUGGCAUAUACUGGGUGAUCUUGCCUGCUGGAUAUCUCGGUUCAUCAUUUUGGGGAAUGGCUUUGAUACUUGCUUCGACAAAUAUUCUCACUGCGAGAAUUGCUGCCGGUUGCUUUAUUGCUGCUCUGGUUAUUGUCCUCUUUGUUGCUAAAAAUUGGACACUCCGAGGACUCUGUAUUGGAUUUAUUAUUUUUAUUGCUGUAAUUUGGCUUCUACAAGAGAAAACGGAAGUCCGAGCCCUUCGCUAUGUCAUUCUCUUUAUCGGUGUGAUGAACAGUUUGUUUUCAGUUUAUGAUAUUUAUGAUGAUCUAAUAUCUAGAAGAGUCCACUCUAGUGAUGCUGAGAAGUUUGCUGAAGUUUGCCCAUGCCCCUGUAAUGGUAUAGGAUGGGGAGUUAUUUGGGGGAUGAUAUCAUUCGUGUUUCUUUGUGGAUCUUUGUACCUUGGACUGGUCAUAUUAUCAUGAGGUAAACACACAACUUCUUCUAUAACAUAUUUAAUCAUGUUUCAGUAUUUAAACGAGGAUCAGGAUACUCUCAUUUCACAUAACACUAUCAAGUGAAACACUGCGUCUAUCAGUUCUCUCUCUUCAUAAAUGUUCAAGGGAUUCCACCUAUUUGAUACAUAUGGAAAGAGGGAUAGAUUAGGCACAAAAUUUCAACAUUUCAACAUAAGGGAACAUGCGAAAGUUUACACAUGAGAAAUAUGUAUGGAACUGCCAAUAGCUUGACCCUUGCUACUUUGAUCUUUUGUAUACAGAUUUUUGCUCUAGAUAUACUUAUUUUCCUGCUGGGAGUUGGCUAUCUCCAUGUUACUCCCAUGGCUUCAUUCUUUGCAGCCUAUUUGGGUUGCGUCGUAUAUGAUUGCUUUUGUAUAGGAAACUUGUUCAUGAAUCGAAUUAUUGAGGCAGAUUUGUAGGUGAAACUAUAACCUUUUCCUUGGUGGUCUUCUUUGUUAACCCAUCGGUGUAGGUUUUCUUGUUUUGAACUCCCCUGUCAUCCCAACAGUUGUAUCAUAGCUGAUGUUCCGGUUCUCGAGUAUUAAUUUGGUGACAUUGAUUA